UGGGAAGGGGGGGUGGGGGGGUUAGAUGAUGGCGGAGCCGCGCCGGGUGCCGUUAAUUAGUUUGUCACCCGUGAGGCGACGAGAAGGCGAGACUCCGGUGCUCGAGCGAGAGCCUGGAGGGGGUCGCGAGGCGGAGCAGCCAUUGGUGUGUGAGGCCCUGAAACUGCCAGAACAGCCGCAGCACCACCACCACCACCUCCACCACGAUAGUGGCCGAGCAGAGCCUCCACCGCAGCCCUUCGAGUCCUGCUCCCGGCUGGAGUUACAGUCGGCGGUGUUACCGCGCGAGGUCAGCCGGCCUGAGCAGACGCCGAAGCCGCUGCUGCCACCUCAGCGUGAGCCUCCAAGGCCAGAGCCGCCGCCGCCGCCGCCUCCGUCGAACCAGCCGUUGCAGCUCGAGAGCAACCGGCAAGAGUCGCCGCCGUCGCCCCCGCGUCAGACGGUUCGCCUGGAGUUGGUGCUGAAGGACCCCACCGAGGAGAGCUGUGUGGAGUUCAGCUAUCCCGAGCUGCUGUUGUGUGGCGAGCCCCGGAUAAAAUCUGCUUUUUCUGAAGAUCCAUUUAAUGAUGAAGAGCGUGAGAGGCAUGAAGUGGAAAUGCUGGCUAAGAAAUUGGAAACAAAAUACGGUGGAAAGAGCCACAAGCAUCGGAAGGACCGUGUUCAGGAUCUAAUAGACAUAGGCUAUGGUUAUGAUGAAACUGAUCCUUUCAUUGAUAAUUCAGAGGCUUAUGAUGAAUUGGUACCUGCAUCCUUAACUACUAAAUAUGGAGGGUUUUACAUAAACACUGGGACUCUGCAGUUCCGGCAAGCAUCUGAUUCUGAAGAGGAAGACUUAACAGAAAGCAAAAAAAAUAGACCAUCUAAAGUAGUUAAACUGAAAGAUGGCGAGGACCAUGGCCUGAAGAAGCGCAAACGGAAAGAGGAAGAGGCAGAGAAGGAGAAAAAACCUCGGAAGAUGAAAGUUUCUCGGCAGAUGGGGGUAAUGGCCUUAAAUUCACACAAAUCUGAAAAGAAAAAGAAAAAGCUGUACAAGGACUCUCUUUCAGUUGCUGCAAUGCUGCGGAAGUUUCAGAAGGAGAAGGAAGCCUUUAAGAAGAAAGAAGCUAACUUGAACCCCACAGUGUCAGUGACCACCUCUACACCUAACAAAGUUUCUGCUGCUCCUGCCACUGGUGGAAGUGAUGUAUCUGACUUGAACCUCAUCAUCACAGAUCCAGUCCUUUCCAUUUUUAGCAGCACAAGUGAGCGUGAGCUCCUACAGGAAGCCGAAAUUGCUGUGGAGAUGCUGGGAGACAUUGACUUGGAUAGGUUACUUGAUGGCACUUCUAAUGGUAGCCCAGUAUCUGAGCCAUCAGGGGAGAAUGGAAAUGUCACUCAGCCCUCCCAUACCUCUGAGGUCUUGACACUGAAACAGGUGCCUGCCCUCCCAGAAGGUCUUCCAGCACACCUAGAGAAGCGCAUUGAAGACCUCAGAACUGCUGCCAAGCUCUUUGAUGAAGAAGGCAGAAAAAAAUUCUUCACACAGGACAUGAAUAAUAUCUUGCUUGAUAUUGAGUUGCAGUUACAGGAAUUGAGUCCUACCAUCCGCAAUGGAGUAUACUCUCACCUCGAGGCUUUUGUGCCGUGCAGUAAGGACACACUGAUAAAGCGUUUGAAGAAACUGCACCUCAAUGUCCAGGAUGACCGUCUGAAGGAACCAUUGCAAAAAUUGAAAUUGGCUGUCAGCUGUGUCAUGCCUGAACAACUAUACAAAUAUCAGGAAGACUGCCAUGCACACAGUCAGGCCAAGAAUGCCAAAAUGCAAGCAGAGGAUGAACGAGACAAGAAUGCUUCUGAGGAAGAGGAGGAUGAGAAGCCAGGAAAAAGGGUUGCAGGUCCAAGAAAGAAAUUCCGCUGGGAUGAGACAGUGAGGUCAUUGCUGUGUAACCUUAUCAAGAUAAAACUGGGAUGUUAUGAGCUAGAGCCAAAUAAAAGCCAAUCUGCAGAAGAUUACCUCAAGGCCUUUAUGGAGACUGAGGUGAAGCCACUUUGGCCGAAAGGCUGGAUGCAAGCUAGGAUGCUCUUUAAAGAGAGUCGAAGUGUUCAUAGUCAUCUUACAUCUGCUCCGGCAAAGAAGAAGGUGAUUCUGGCACCUAAACCCAAAGCAAAGGAUUCUAGUCCAAAGAAGGAACAAAGAGUCUGUACCCCUUUUACUUCAGCUUGUGUUCCUGCUUCAAGUACCAGCACACCUGUCACUGCCCUGGCCAGUUCUAGCUGUAAUCCUACUCCGGAGACCAUCUGCCUAGAUGAUUCACUGGAUGAAGAUCUCUCCUUCAAUCCACCAUCAUUGGAAUCCAUUUCUGAUGCUCUGGCUGUUAUCAACAAUGGAGCCAAGAGUUCUCCUGUUGUGCCCUCUGUAGAGACACCAACUUCAAGACCUCGGCCUGGGCUGAGAGAAGAGAAGUUAGCAAGUAUAAUGAGCAAGUUACCUCUGUCAUCUUCAAAAAAGGUAGAGACUGUUCAGACACCACAUUCUUCAAGUCUUAUAGCUGGGCACACAGGACCAGGACCAAAGAAAUCCCAGGAUUUACUUCAGACUGGUAUCUCUUCAGGCCUUAUUGCUGGGUCUUCAAUUCAGAAUCCCAAGGUUUCAUUGGAGCCCUUGCCAGCCAAGCUUCUGCAACAAGGAUUACAGAGGUCAAGCCAGAUUCAAGCUGCUUCCUCUUCACAGGCCCACAUUUCUUCCUCCUGUAAGAUCCAAGCCACAGCUUCCUCUGCUUCUCAGAGACCAAAGGAUAUGUCUGUCCUUGUAUCCUCUUCAGAAGCCCACGGUUGUGGCUCUUCAGCAUUACAAAUAACAAAGGUUCACCAGCAGUCAGCUGCCCAACAAAAAUAUGUGUCUCCUCUACAAGCAACUAUUAGUAAAUCUCACACCAAUCCUGUGGUGAAACUAAGUAGCAACCCUAAACUCUCUUGUUCGUCCCCAAUUACCAAGACAUCAGAUAAACCAGUAGCAUACCGCCUGACUAGCACUGCGUCUGGGAGUAGUUCCCAGAUGGCUCACCCACUUGUGUCUCGGACAGCAUCCAGCACCUCUACCUCUAGUAACUAUUUAGCCAAGACCAUGGUAUCACAAGUUUCUGCCCAGGGUUUCAAGCCUCCUUUCUCCAUGGUUCCUUCCCCCAAACCUGCUGCCUCUCCUAAGCCCACAGCACCCAAGCCUUCUGUAACACCCAAACCUAUUGUGUCACCUAAACUAUCCUCAUCAAGGUCCACUUCAACACCCAAGCCUGUAUCAUCUUCCAGUUCUUCCAGUUCAAGUGCACUAGUAUCCCAGAGUAGUCACUCUAGCAGCAACAAUUCCCUUCACAAACAGCCCAGUGGAGCAAAUGUCAGCAGGCAGUCUCCUACAAUUAAUUUACUGUCCUCUAACCGCACCUCAGGCCUUCAACCAGCAAAGAACCCUCAGGCUCCUUCAAAAUUGUCCAACUCUUCUGCCUCUGGAACUGUUGGCAAAAGCAAUUUAAGUGGAGUUGGAAUGAAUGUACCUGUCAACAGAGGCAGCAAUCUUAAUUCAAGUGGAGCUAAUAGGACUAGUAUCUCUGGGGCAGCAGGAAGUGGAACACAGGGUGCUACUAAACAAUUGUCAACUCCACACAGACCAUCUUCUGCCUCAGGGUCUACAGUUAUACCAGCCAGUGUGCAGUCAACAACAGGUGCAUCAUUACUGGCAAAUGCUUCACCUUUGACGCUCAUGACAUCACCCCUGUCUGUAACCAAUCAGAAUGUGACAUCUGCUCCAUUGGCUCCUUUUGGGAUGCUGGGUAGCCUUGUUCCUGUGACUGUGCCCUUUCAGUUCCCAUUGGAACUACUUGGCUUUGGAACAGACACAGCUGGAGUAACAACCAACUCGGGAUCUACCUCAGCGGCUUUCCACCACAGCCUAGCGCAGAAUUUACUGAAGAGUUUACCGCCUGGAGCUCAACAUGCAACAGCGCUGUCUCACACACCUCUGCCUGCUCACUUGCAGCAAGCUUAUACAGAUGGAGGCCAAAGUAAAGGGGACACUAAGUUACAGAGGAAAACCCAGUGAUGUCCUGAUGAGCCAGGGAGUUAAAGUGGUUCUGCUUUGCUGAUGGAGACUGACCAGUUGGGAAAGUGCUUACGCGGACACAGAGCUGCUGUUUCUGUCAAUGUUUACAUAUUCUGAUUCCAAGCACUGUGGUGAGGAGGAGGAGGAGGAGAAGAAGAAAAAGAAUACUUGAUCAAAGAGAGAAGGAAAAGGAGGAAAGUGUUCAUGUAAAAAUGGUUCAUAGUUUGAUAUCUCCUAGUGAAUUCCCAAAGCCUUUUAUCCUUUCUGAAUAGCUCAGAAAGGUUUGGCCAAAUAGGUUCAGUUGUCAAACCUACAGCAGCACAAACCUUCUUUCAGGCUGAUAUCUGAUAGUGGAUCUGUGAAAGGAAGCUAAAAUAGACAUCUCUAUCCAUCAUGCAAGUGAGGCCAUACAUCUGUUGUCCCCAGGGAAGUCUACAGUAUAUGCCAGUUAGGAACAUUCUGUACAGCUUUGGAUAAUGUGGCAUAUAAAGCAGAAAUUGUGAUUAUGUAGAAAAAGCAAGGAAGAAAGUAUUUUCUCCACACCAAGCUAAGGCCAUUUUGUCACUAUCUCUUUGAAGAGCCUAAAGAUUACAGACGGGGAGGAUUGUUCACCAUAGGUAAUGUCAUUGACCAGGGUAGAGUUUUUCCCCUCUCACGAUGGGAGGAAGGGAGAAGUCGGAGGGUGUUCUGUAACCAUUCUUCAAUUUAACUUCAUAUACUCAAAUAUAAAAUGAGAACUUACUUGGCUUCAUCAGACCAGAUCUUGCUUUCAGUAUCUUCUGAAGAAAGUCUUUUCCUGCCCUUAAUCUUGCUGUAGUACUUCAGAGUUGCCUUAUUUUUCAUAAACAUAAUCCAGAAAUCUCCAGUUUUGAUCCUUUGUGAAGAAAGUCUUGUCUCUGGUUCUUCUCCCUCUUGUAAUAGCUCUAAAAAGUCUCACACUGUAUUGAUUUCCAGCUCACAAUAACUACAUGUAGCUUGCUUUUGUACAGAAUCUUGCUUUUCUCAGUACUGUUCAAAGCCUUCUCCAAAGAGUAGUUGAGGUGCCUUCAGCCUUGGCUUAAAAUAUGUACCUCCAGCAUUCCUAAUACCUGCAUAGCUAGGAGGUAUAAAACCUGACCCCCUUGUUGCACAGGGACACAACUUCUUUGCUGACAUUCAGUUUUUGAUAGCAAUAUGUUAGAUGUUGGGGAGGCAAAUCUUGUAUUGCACUUCGUAAUUAUUACAGAAGGAAUAUUUGGAUCAAAAUAUAAUUUUGUUAAGAAAAAUCAAGAAGGCAUGAGACAUUGUGCUCUUCUGUAAAAAGUAUCUAUUUUCUCUCACUUAAAUCUUAUUAAAACAUUUUGACCAGUUCUAGCCUGAAAAAACUGAAAAAUCUUAAGUAAUCUGAAAAUGAAGGCCAUUCUCCAAUAAAGGUAUAUGCGCAUGCAGGAGAACAUGUAUAGCUGGGGGUUUCUUUGAAACUUCAACUGCAAAUUGGUCAAGCUGCAGUUUAAGCAGACAAGCAGCUUGUCUGUUGAACAGUAUGAGUGGCUGCAUUAAAACUUCAGAGAAAUCUUUGGCUCUUCAUAGUGUUCUACCCACAUACCUGUAUAGCUUUAUUGUAUAGUGGCCUAGAUCACACUUGCUGCUGCCUUCUACCAGACACGUUUUUUGUUUCCAGGUAUGUUCCUUCAUCUUAGAAAGCCAGAUAUGUUAUAUUUACUAAUUUAGAUUUCACACUAAUUCUAUAUGUAAAAAUAUACAUAUAUUUAAAUAAUAUAUAAUAUAAAUACAGUAACUGAAUGUUGGGUUGAGCCCACUAAUAAAGAACUUUGCACAACAUCAUGGAAUAAAAAACUCAGUUAAAUAUUGAAUUUUACCAAAUGCAAGGUAAACAAAAGACUUUUCUAAGAUAUUUCUUGUAGUUUGGUAGAAGGGACUACAAACUUGCCAUACUUAGUUCAGAAUAUAUUUGGCUGGUUCAUUCCCCCAAACCUUAGAGUCCCCAAACUAUUAACUGGUAUAUUUUCUUCUCUUACUCAUUUUGCUGACCCUUGAGAUAAAAGUAAAAACUUCCUUGUUCACCACAGCAUAUAUUCCAUGCAUAAACAUACAAAAUCUUACAUUCUCUGCAAGCUUGUUACUAUAGUGUUGGCUUUCCCUUGUAGCAAUUUAAAGCCUGCAUUGCAAAUUAAGUAUGUUUUUGAAUCCUUUUUUAAUGUAUCUUGAAAGUGUGACUACGUUGAGAAAAAUAAAAGUAAUAAAUGCAAUUAUUGCUUGAGUGAGAUAGAAAUGUAUUUUCAGUAAAAUACCAUCAAAUGUGAGGUUACAUUGGCUUAACUAGAAGGAAUUUAGUGAGAAUUUGGCAUGUGAUGAGUCUGCCUUUGCGGAUCUUAUUAUGAACACUAAAUCUUAGGCAGGCAAUAUUCCUUUUCCCCCUCUGUUCAUUCUAAUAUGCAGUAGGAGAAAGUAUGGAGGUCAAAUGUUUUUCUGGCAGACUUAGUUUUUUGCUUUCAGGUGUUUAUCACGGAUAGAAAUAUUGUACCAGACAAUUCAUUUAUGUCACUUUUUCCCUUUUAAGCUCUUCUGUAUUUAUAAAGCAAAAUUUUAGUCCAUGGUUAAGCUACUGAAAAAUGAAAUUUCCUCCUUUAGAACAAAAUAGCACAAAUUGCCUGCCCCUUCAGUAUAGCUCAUGCAUAUUCUAAUAAUAUAUUACAUCAGUGAAUGAGUUGAUUGGUCAGACUACACAGUCAUUCAUCCCGCCACAAAGAAGUCAAACAGGAAUAAGCUGGGCAUACAAUGUGAACUCUCAGACGAUCAAGUUUCAAAAACAGCCAGCUGUAAGUAUCAGAAGACAUUGUGACACCAGUAAAAUAAUGAUGGAUGCCAACUCUGCAUUGUGUGCACAGUAAAGGGGGAAAAGAUAUUGGAAUGAAUGAACACAGUGAAGUGCAGCAUUUUUUAAAAAAUAAAAAGAUAUAGGCACAUGAGCUGAAUAGUUGGAUCUAAUGAAUUGGCUAGAAAGAGGAUAAAUAGCAUUCUAAUGCGGUUUAAUUUGAUGAACUUCCUGCAUAGUAAGAUUCCAUUUAGUUGUGUGAUGUUUUUAAAGGUCUUCGGGAAUUCACGUUGCUCUUGUCCUAACCCCCUCAGUAUUCACAAGCAAUAAGUCAAAGCUGUUAUUCUGGGCAGCUGAGCUGAACCAGGAACUAAAAUGGCAAGCUCACUCUGAGCCUCAAAUACAAGCAAUAAUUUUCAAGUACAGGUUUGGAAAUUGAAUAUUAUUUAAAUUAUGCCUUCUGCUAUGUGUGCUUAACCUUAUGGGAACACACUAGCAAUUUCCAGGUUAUCUGGAAUUUAUCCAAAAUCUAGAUAAAGGAUACAGGCAUUGAACUACAAGAUGCAAAAACGUCAGUUGUCUUAACAAUAUAUUGUUCUCCUCCAACCUUAAGAUAAAAGUUGAUGGUUUAAAUUACUCCUUUUUGUUCAGACUUUUAUAUCUGCUUGUCUCCCGGAAGAUGGUUGGGAAUUUUGUCAAAGUCCCAGGUGUGGGUGCUGUGGGUUUGACAUCUGUUUUAUUAAAUAAGAAGUGAUUUUUAAUUUAUCCAGUAGUAUAGGCUGGAAGUGGGGUAGACAAGCAAGAUGACACUUCUUUCCAUUUUUAGCAGUCUAAUCCAACCUCUGCAUAGCCUCUCCACUUGGUACAAAAGUAAAGAUUCUGCAAUUCCGAAGCUACCAUCAGUUAUACGGAACCAUAAUCAUCUGACAGAUAGUCUCUUAAAGCUCCCAACUGUCUCAUGUUUGCUGCUACAUUCGUGGAAAGAACUUUUGGCUAUAUUUAUAAGUAAAUUUAAAUCUAGUUUACAGAUUGGUUUUAGAGUUGGUUGCCCACGGGAAGAUUAGAAUGUCUUGAUUUAUUGGAGUGCAUUGGCAACAGAUAUAGUGACUGCGCUUAUUUUUUUAUUUUGUGACUUUUCAGGAUAGUAUUGCAGGGAAGAAGCAAAGCCUGCAGUCAGGCUAAGCUUUGGAAGGUUUUCACCCAGGUCUCUUCCAGUGUUGGUCAUUGUAGAAUUGCUUGCUUUUUCUAUUUUCUAAAAACUAAACACAAAGGUAAACAACUGAUCAACAUUUUAUGCAAUUUAAUUUUAUGGCAACGUGUAAAAGUUUUUAUAUAAUUUGGUUCUGUCUCUGAAUAGUGUGUCACUCCAACUUACUUGAUUCAGGCCUUUGUCCUUUGGUUAAGUGCCUUUUCUUUGUUUUUUGUUCCCAACUUUCCUCAAAAAGUAUACUCAGAGGUCCUAAAGUGCUAGGAGGUAUUUGGAAGAACCUUGAACCUGCCAAUAUGACUUUAUGCUGUUAAAAUGACUUUUCCCUUCUGUAAUUAGUGUGUGUAAUGUUAUCACUGCUGUAUUAUGGCAUUCAUUAUUAGGUGCUUGCUUUCACACAUGGCAGUAUUCCCAACAGCCCUAAUGUUUCAUAUGUUUUCUGUAGCAUUAAUGUUUACUUACAAAGGUGAACACAGACACAGGUGAGAGUAUGGUAAUUAGGUGUAUUUGAGCAACUGUAAGGAAAUGAGUGGUUAGUUGGAAAUGGGCUGAACUAUUCUCACUGGAGUUUCAGGUUGCAUAUUAAAUUUUAGUAUAAUAGUGCUAGUCUGAUAGUGGUAUAAAUAUUGAAUAAACUUGAACUGGUAUUCCUAAAGUGUGACACAAUUCUCAACAAAAUAUAACAUUCUUAGCAAAAAAA